GAUUUUUCUCUUGGGCUGCCCGGUAGCGCCCCUGGUCAACCCUUUUCGUUUACUUUUCAUUUUCGCUCUCAGGCAGGCCCUUCUCGCUUUGACAGCUCGAGUUCAAGGUUAGUCAUGCGCUUCUCGGCCAAUUUCGUUGCUCUUGCGGCACCCCUCCUUGUUUCGGCCCUUCCCUUCAAGAGGACGGCUUCCGCGAACGAUCUUUUGGUUCUGAAAUUUGCUCAAGUGCUUGAGCAGCUCGAGACGCAAUUCUAUACGGAGGCACUACAGACGUUUCAAGAGAUCGAUUUCAUCACAGCAGGAUUUGCCACAGCCGAGAUUGCCAUACAACAAUUCACAGCUAUUCAGAGCGAUGAAAGUACACACACCACGGUGCUCACGUCUACCAUCCAGUCUUUGGGAGACCAACCGAUUAGUGGAUGUUUAUUCGACUUCAGCUCGGUCCUCACCGACGUGACGACCAUGGCGGCCACCGCCCGCGUUGUAGAGAAUCUGGGUGUUGCUGCCUAUCUCGGCGCCGCGAAUCUCCUUGAUGAUCCUGUGUUGCUUACCGACGCAGCAACCAUCUUGACAGUGGAGGCCCGCCACCAGACCGUAUUGAACAUCUUCAAUGGCGGUAGCGCGAUACCACAGGCAUUUGAUAUUGCAUUUACGCCGUCGCAAGUUCUUGCCGUCGCUGGCCAGUUCAUCUCUGGUUGCGAUCUCGGUGUUCCCGCCAACCCUACGCUUACCGUGACGAACACGGGCACCGUUGCCCCGGGCACCUCCCUGACCUUCUCUUCUACCGCCAUCAACGGUAGCACCGAUGGUCUCUUCUGCCAGAUGAUAGUGGGUGGUGCCCCUAUCGCCCUCACCUUCCCGUACGAUCAGUGUAUCGUCCCUCAAGGCAUCGACGGCCCCGUCGCGCUGUAUAUCACUUCGGACGACCAGCCGCUUGCAAACGACAUCAUCGAACAAGCGACGAUUGACCUUAUCGCAGGUCCCACCAUGGCCUUCAUCGACACCGUCCCCGAUGACCUGAGCGGCCUCGUGCUCCCCGGCUCGUCGAGUUCUGGCUCCGGCUCCUCUGGUUCGGGCUCGUCGACCGUGUCUGCCACCGUCAGCUCGAGCACGUCCGUCACGACCAUCACGCCGGACCAGGAGAGCUCGAUCCUCGCGAGCCUCUCCGCCAGCCCGACGACGUUAACCGUCCCGCCGUCUGGCGCAGCUGCCGCCUCCGCCGCUGGUGCGGCCCCUACCGCGACUGCUGGUGCGUCUUCCGGAAACGACAAUGCCGCGACUGGGUCUACGUCCGUCGUGACCGCGCUCGGCGGACCCAACAUGUUCACCGGCCCAGUCAACAAUGGCACCGUAAUUGUCCUCGGUUGGACGACCGUCCCAGCGUCAUCCGUCCCAGCGCCGUCCGUCGGGCAGUGAUCAUCCUUCCGAGUAGCUUUGGGUUGUGUUACGGACACCGCGGUCUUGAAGGCCUCCUUUGACGAGAUUUCGGACUCUUUUUCUUCGUUUGGUGACACUGACGGUGCGCGUCAGUUGUAGUCCUCGUGGAUAUACCUCACUGGUCCUUCCUCCCUGUCCUUGCUCUAAGAGUUUGUUUCCCAUCUACUGUGUAGCGACCAAUACAUCUGGAGAGCGAAACAGAAGCACGCCGUCAAUGCGGUCGAUGGCGCGUUUGCUUGGGCCACAUAACAUGCAACUUCCUACUCAAGCC